AUGCUCGGACCGGCCCACAACUCAGAAGGGCUUCAUCCAUUGGCCGCCAAAAGGCCGAAUCUCAUCUAAUCCGACGGAUAGAUAUCAACCGGGCAACGCAGCUCGAAGCAAGACCCAGUCACCCACCACUCCUUCGUCGCUUCUCCGGUCGACCCAUUUUCCCUCGGUCCUCGCCCUCCGAGCUCCCGGCUGGUCGUCGCCGGUGGUGGGGGAGAUGCCUGGGCUCGUUGUUGCUCCGAUUAGGUCCGAACUUCGCUGCUGUCCGAGUCAACGGAAUGGGGAGAUUUCUUAGAACUUUAGGGUGAUAUUUUUCUCUGAAGUUUCAUUUUAUACACAGUUAAAUGGGCGGGGAGAAGGCAACGGAAUCUUGGUUUAGUAGCUUGUGGAGGAUUUCACGGGGCAAAGCAUCAGAGUCCGAGAAGGCAACUGUUGGAAUUCUUGCCUUUGAAGUUGUGAGCUUGAUGUCCAAGAUAGUAAAGUUAUGGCACUGUUUAAGUGACAGAGAGAUGCUUAGGUUGAGAGAAGAGGUUGCGAACUCAAUCGGAGUAAGAAACCUUGUCUCUGAAGAUGAUAAUUACCUUAUGGACCUCGUUCUGAAUGAGAUCAUUGAGGAUUUGGUUUAUAUAGCGAGGGCGGUGGCCCGACUCGGGAAUCGGUGCUCAGACCCUGUUUUUAGCCGGUUCGAACUAUUCCUUGCUGACCCCAUACAUUAUGAUACCGAAUGGCUCGGAUGGGAGUUCAAGGGGAAGAAGAUGGAGAAAAAAGUGAGGAAAAUGGAGAGGUUUAUCGCAGCCAUGAUGCAGUUCUCUCAGGAGCAGGAAGUGUUGGUGGAGCUUGAACAGAGCCUGAGGAGGAUGCGGGCAAAUCCUGAUACUGACAAGGUCAAGCUGCUUGAGUUUCAGCAGAAGGUGAUGUGGCAGCGUCAGGAGGUGAAGAAUCUCCGUGAUUCGUCCCCAUGGAACAGAACCUAUGAUUACACAGUUCGGGUUCUUCUGAGGUCAUUUUUUUCCAUAUUAGAGAGAGUCAAACUUGUGUUUGGGACUCACCAUAUUGGAGGAAAUGAUGAUUGCAAAGGGGUGAACUCAACUCUCAUUUCUCGGAGCCAUUCGUUUUCUGCUCUUGUGCAUUCUUCGAUUUAUCCAUCAGAGAAAUCAGCAGCCAUAUCAGAGAAAUAUCGUACAGGAAGGAAGCAACGGGAAGGGCGUCACAGUUCAUUCUUUCUACGUGGAAAGAAUACUCGCUCAAAAUCAGAAAAUAUUUCUCACAUGGGACCCUUUAGGGGGUGCAUGGAUGGCUGUAAUGAUUCUCCUCUCCCACUUGGGCAUGAAUCAGAACCAGUCGGGGGUUCCAUGAGGAUUACCAGCAUUCACCAGAAGGAAACAGACAUCAUGAAAAAGCCGAACAUGGGCCCACUUCAUGGAAACAGGAUCUAUUUCAAACUCAACCAGUUGUAUGGAAAGGGUAAAAAUAGAAUCUCGGUUGCCCCUCUGAAUUCUCUUGGUGCUGCUGCCUUAGAUCUGCAGUACGCAAGAGUGAUCAUUCUGAUCGAGAAGCUCUCUCAGUCGCCUCACUUGAUUGGUGCUGAUGCAAGGGAUGAUCUGUACAAUAUGUUACCAGCCUCCAUAAGAUCUGCUCUAAGGGCCAAGCUUAAAAGUUACACGAGAACCCUGGCAUCAUUUAUUUAUGACUCUGCUCUCCUGUCACAGUGGAGCGCAUCUCUGUUUCAGAUACUGGAUUGGCUGGGUCCACUGGCCCACAAUACUGUGAGGUGGCAGUCGGAGCAGAACAUCGAGAAGCAGCCCGAGGUAUGCGGGCCCAAUGUGCUUCUUGUGCAGACUCUAUAUUUCGCCGAUCUAGCGAAGACUGAAGCUGCAAUCGUGGAGCUUCUGGUUGGACUAAAUUAUAUCUGCAGAAUCAGCAGAGAAGUUGAUGAGAGAGGUGUGUGCAGGCCUGAGUUCAGCGGAAGGGAAGCUUAUGGUAACAUGCUUGUUAGGAGAGAUGAGAUCGGUCUCAGUGUGGGGUAAGUUUCUCAAGGUGGGCCUAAGUGUGUAGUGUGAUGCUUAUGAUAGUUCGAGGUAGUCCUUCUGACCCGUCCUGUGACUUAUGCGGGUAAAGGCGCUAUUAGCUGAUUGCGGAGUGCGUAUUAUCGACAACCGAGAUGAGAUUCUUUCAUUUGUUGUGUUUGUAAAAAGUGGGUGACAGUUUAGGCCUCAAUAGUUCGCUUAACUUCUUCUCUCUGUAAAUCGUGUCCGAGAAACUGUAAUAUAUAGUUAAAGCCUCUUGAUGUUUAAGGUGACUGUAGGUCUUGUAAGCUAUUUGUAAGUUUCCAUCUUUCUAGAAUUCGUGUACCAAAUGCAAUACCUUUACACCUCGAGAGCUA